CGGCAACAGACAAGUGCGACAGUGUCUCUGUUAGCGCUUGGCUCACACACACCUUCUACAAUAGAGAUCAGAAAGCUGCCUCACGCCCCUGCUGCCUGUUCUUUGCGGAUGUUUUAGUCUAAAUGGACGAUUCGAGCGAAGGGGAGCAUGUGCUUACGGGUCUAGAUGAGGAGGCAUUAGUGGACCAUGGAAAGAGCAGCUUCAGUACUCACACAAACUACGAAAAGGAGGAUUUGGACAGCCACAGAGCGGUGUAUGUAGGCGUCCAUGUUCCUCUUGGAAGGGAGAGCAAACGGAGACAUCGUCAUCGAGGACACAGACACCACCGAAAGAAGAAAGAGAGAGACUCUGAGGAGGGGAAGGACGAUGGCCGGGAUUCCCCCACUGACACACCAUCCCAGCGGGUUCAGUUCAUCCUGGGAGCAGAGGACGAUGACCUCGAGCACGUCCCACAUGACCUCUUCACUGAGCUGGACGAGCUCUCCUUCAGAGACGGCAGAUCCACUGAGUGGAAGGAAACUGCCAGGUGGUUGAAAUUUGAAGAAGAUGUGGAAGAUGGUGGGGAGAGGUGGAGUAAGCCCUAUGUGGCUACGUUGUCACUACACAGCUUAUUUGAACUGCGUAGCUGCAUACUCAACGGCACGGUCAUGCUGGAUAUGAGGGCCAACAGUAUUGAAGAAAUUGCUGACAUGCUGAUAGACAGCAUGGUGGCGUCGGGACAGCUGAAGGAGGAUUUGCGCCACAAGGUGCGGGAAGCCAUGCUGAAGAAACACCACCACCAGAAUGACAGAAAACUUAGCAAUCGCAUCCCUCUGGUGCGCUCCAUUGCUGACAUAGGCAAGAAACAUUCUGACCCACUCUUGCUUGAAAGAAACGGAGAGGGCCUGUCCUCUUCACGUCUCUCUCUCCACAAGGCAGGGACAUCCUCCUCUGUCUCCAACCUCUCCCAGAGACGAGAGUCCAGAGUCUCCAUCCUGCUCAACCAUCUCCUACCUUCCUCUUCCUCCAACACUGGGCACGCCCCAGGCAGCCCGUUCCUCACCACCCCUCAAAAUACCCCUGUUGCUCCCCGGCACUCCUCCCAAACCCAGGGCACAGGCCUUGGCCCUCAUGGCAUCCCCGAAGUGGUGGUAUCGCCUCCUGAGGAUGACGACCAUCCACACUCUGCUGAAGAAGAGGCGGCGUCACCAGAGCUCAACCGUCGAGCAUCCUCGGCAUCCCAGGGCCUCGAGCUGAUGCCCUUAGAAGGACCACUGGUGUCUCCGAACUCUUUCCCCAACAACCUGGAUGGCAACAAGGCGGUGGAGAGGAGACCGUCCAAAGUAGGGGUCAGUAGAGAGGGCAGCAGUGUCGACUUCAGAAAGGUGGAUAUGAAUUUCAUGAAAAAGAUUCCUCCGGGUGCUGAAGCCUCCAAUGUCCUUGUUGGAGAAGUGGACUUCCUGGAGAAGCCCAUAAUUGCUUUCGUACGACUGUCCCCUGCAGUCCUCAUCACAGGCCUCACAGAGGUGCCUGUGCCCACCAGGUUUCUAUUCCUGCUUUUGGGUCCUCAUGGCAAAGGGCCCCAGUACCAUGAGAUUGGCAGGUCCAUGGCCACACUAAUGACAGAUGAGAUUUUCCAUGAUGUGGCAUACAGGGCCAAAGACCGAACGGAUCUGCUCUCGGGGAUGGAUGAGUUCCUGGAUCAGGUCACUGUCCUGCCUCCUGGAGAAUGGGACCCCACAAUCCGGAUUGAGCCCCCAAAGAAUGUCCCUUCUCAGAUGAAGAGGAAGAUACCUUCACAACCCAACGGCAAUGCGUCUCCAUCUGGAGAAAUGGAGAAGGAAGAUGAGCACAACACAGGGCCCGAGCUGCAGAGGACGGGGAGGAUAUUUGGAGGUCUGUACCAGGACAUCAAACGGAAGCUCCCGUUCUACUGGAGCGACAUCAGAGACUCCCUCAAUCUGCAGUGUCUAGCCUCCGUGCUCUUCCUCUACUGCGCCUGCAUGUCCCCUGUCAUCACUUUUGGAGGGCUGCUUGGCGAGGCAACACAAGGCAACAUAAGUGCCAUAGAGUCUCUGUUUGGGGCGUCACUUACAGGAGUGGUAUACUCCCUCUUCGCAGGCCAGCCCCUCACUAUUCUUGGCAGCACAGGCCCUGUAUUAGUGUUUGAGAAGAUCCUCUUCAAGUUCUGCACUGACUACGGCCUGAACUACCUGUCCCUGCGGACCAGCAUUGGUCUGUGGACGGCCUUCCUCUGUCUGGUGCUGGUAGCCACAGAUGCUAGCUCCCUGGUGUGCUACAUCACCAGAUUCACAGAGGAGGCCUUCGCUGCCCUCAUCUGCGUCAUCUUCAUCUACGAGGCUCUGGAGAAGCUCUUUCACCUGGGAGAACACUUCCCAGUCAACACGCACAACCACCUGGACAAUCUUACCAUGUAUUCGUGUGAGUGCUCUCCACCGGUCAACGCCACGGAUCAGCUCGUGCAGGAGUGGAACCACACGGGAUACACCCCCGACUCUAUCCCAUGGAGCAGCCUCAACGUGACGAUGUGUCACACACUCCAUGGAGAGUUCAUAGGUUCUGCCUGCGGUCAGCACGGUCCCUAUAUCCCAGAUGUUCUCUUCUGGUCCAUCAUCCUCUUCUUCACCACCUUCUUCCUGUCUGGCUUUCUUAAGCAGUUCAAGACGGAGAGAUAUUUCCCAACCAGGGUGCGAUCCACUAUCAGCGACUUUGCUGUGUUCAUCACCAUCAUGGUCAUGGUGCUGGUGGACUAUCUCAUGGGGAUCCCCUCUCCUAAACUUAAAGUCCCUGACCGCUUUGAGCCUACUUCGAAGAACAGAGGCUGGCUAAUGGACCCGUUAGGAGAGAAUCCCUGGUGGACGCUGCUGGUGGCGGCACUUCCCGCUCUGCUCUGCACCAUCCUCAUCUUUAUGGACCAACAGAUCACUGCCGUCAUCAUCAACCGCAAGGAGCACAAGCUCAAGAAGGGCUGUGGCUAUCACCUGGAUUUGAUGAUAGUAGCAAUAAUGCUGGGUGUGUGCUCCAUCAUGGGCCUGCCGUGGUUCGUGGCUGCUACCGUCCUCUCCAUCUCGCACGUGAACAGCCUGAAGGUGGAGUCCGGCUGCUCCGCUCCGGGAGAGUCGCCAAAGUUCCUGGGCAUCCGGGAGCAGCGGGUCACUGGGUUCAUGAUCUUUAUGCUCAUGGGUUGUUCUGUUUUUAUGACAUCGGCACUCAAGUUUAUUCCAAUGCCAGUCCUGUAUGGAGUCUUUCUCUACAUGGGUGUCUCUUCCCUCAAAGGAAUUCAAUUCUUCGACAGAAUAAAGCUGUUUGGCAUGCCGGCCAAGCACCAGCCGGACCUGAUCUACCUGCGCUACGUGCCACUGUGGAAGGUCCACAUCUUCACCCUGGUGCAGCUCACCUGCCUGGUGCUGCUCUGGGUCAUCAAGGCCUCCACGGCCGCCGUUGUGUUUCCUAUGAUGGUUCUGGCGCUGGUCUUUAUCCGAAAGCUUCUAGACUUUUUCUUCACAAAGAGAGAGCUGAGCUGGCUGGAUGACUUGAUGCCGGAAAGCAAGAAGAAGAAAGAGGACGACAAGAAAAAGAAAGCACGAGAAAAGCUGGCUUCCAAUGCUGUUUUGAUUCAGGAUGACGAGACCAGACUGCACGAAGAAGAGGAGAGGAGCAGCUCAAACCUGCUCGCCAUCCCCGUGAAAACCCUCUCAGGGAGUUCUGAUACUGACCCCUUGGUUGUAAAUAUCUCUGAUGAAAUGGCCAAAUCCGCAGCGUGGAAAGCCGUGAACUCGAGUGCCUCAUGCCUCCAACCUGUGAAGCGUAGCGAAAGCCAGGAGAAGAUGGCCUGCGUUAAAGUCGACAUCAGCCCCGACUCACCAGGAGGGGGUUCCAGCUCCGAGACCUUCCUGUGAUAAACCACCACCCCCCCCCCCCCCCCCC